AUGGAGUCAGCCGGAAGCAGAGGAGCGUUGCAGCGAUCUGCACCAAGUCAGAGCAGCAUGCUGUACCACCUCACCAACUCGGCGUGGAUGUACCUGGCGCCGGUGGCGCUCGGGGUGCUCAGGUCCUUCUUCAACCAGCACCUUCGGCGGCCGCUGCGGCGGUUCCUCCCAUCCCUCGACCCGUUCGUCACCGUUGACGUCGCCGCCAAGCCGGAGGACCACUCCUACUACUACGGCCCCGAGGGCGGCGCCAAGUCGAGCGACGCCUACGGGGAGGUGCUGGCUUACCUGAGCGCGGCGUGCUCGCGGGACGCGCGGGAGCUCCGCGCAGAGGGCGCCGCCGAGGGCCACGGCCUCGUGCUCAGCCUCCGCGAGGGCCAGGAGGUGGCCGACGAGUUCAAGGGCGUCACCUUGUGGUGGUCGGCGGUGACGCAUCCCGAGGCGGCGAGGAGGUGCUGCCGCCUCACGUUCCACGAGCGCCACCGGAGGCUCGUCGUCGACGAGUAUCUACCCUACGUUCGCCGCACCGGACAGGAGCUCGCCGCCCGCAACCGUCCCCGCAGGCUCUACUCCAACAAGAAGGAGCUCAACUACCAUUCUAGGAGGGAGGAGGUAUGGAGCUACAUCGACUUCGACCACCCGACCACCUUCGAGACUCUGGCCAUGGACCCAGCAAAGAAGCACAUGAUCAUGGACGACCUCGACGACUUCCGAAACAGCAGGGACUACUACCGCCGCAUCGGCAGAGCGUGGAAGCGAGGCUACCUCCUCUACGGCCCGCCGGGAACGGGCAAGUCCACCAUGAUCGCCGCCAUGGCCAACUACCUCAACUACGACAUCUACGACAUCGAGCUCACCUCCCUACAGACCAACGGCGACCUCCGCAAGCUCUUCGUGGAGACCACGGGCAAGUCCAUCAUCGUCAUCGAGGACAUCGACUGCUCCCUCGACCUCACCGGCAGCCGUGCCAGCAUGAUGCCGCAAAGACACGUCGUCGAGAAGUCACACGAGAGGAUGGUGACGCUGUCCGGACUGCUCAACUUCCUCGACGGGCUGUGGUCGGCGCACAGCGGCGAGCGGAUCAUCGUGAUCACCACCAACCGACCCAAGAUGCUUGACCCGGCGCUGAUCCGGCCUGGUAGGAUGGACAUGCACGUCGAGAUGUCCUACUGCAAGUUUGGGGCGUUCAUGACGCUCGCCAAGAACUACCUCGGGGUGGACGCGCACCCUCUCUUCUACGAUGUCCAGGAGCUGUUGCAGGUGGCGGACAUGACGCCGGCCGACGUCGCCGAGUGCCUCAUGAUGCCGUCCGAGCGCACCGCCCGGCGCGGCGUGGAUGCCUGUCUCGCGCGCUUGGUAGAUGAGCUAAAGAAGAAGCGCGAGGAGAAGAGAGCGGCCAAGGAGAAAGUUGCACCGGAGUAG